AUGACAUUCAGAAUCGCCCUUAGACCUCUUCGUCCUCUUUCAAGGAGUGUAUCGAUCGCUCGAACCAUUCACUCCACUGCGUUCCGAGCUACCACAGCGGGUUACGGAGAUCCACAAGAUGAAAAAGCAGACAACCACACUCCUACACCAUCCUCAUCAACCGAUCCUAAACCCAAUGGACAAGGUAAAGGUCCUGGGACAACUUCCGGUACUACCGAUCCCGAAGUAAAGAAAGGAAGUGUAGGGAACGCGGGCGGAGAAAAAGGUGCAGGUGAUAAAUCAAAGGAGAACGUUAGCGGACAAGAGGUCAGAGAGACAAAGAAGAUAGGUGAAGAACCAAAGAAGGAAGAGACUGGCGGUGCUGGACCUAUCGGUGGAUAG